AUGGCAUUCUCACCAGUCUAUGCUGUGUUCGCUUUAUGUCAGUUUCUAAUUGGAAUUGCAGUAACUGGUAUAUAUGUUGUUGGAUUUGUCAUUGGAAUUGAGUUAGUAGGACCAAAGAAGCGUGACAUGGCUGGCAUAUCAAUAUGUAUAUUCUAUGCUUUGGGAUACAUGGUUUUAGCAGUUCUUGCAAGAUCAGUGGAUGGUAACUGGCGCCAUCUUGAAUUCUUAAUUGCAAUGUUGACAGUGCCAUUCAUUUCAUAUUACUGGCUAAUACCAGAGUCUGUCCGAUGGUUGAUGCAGCAGAGCAAAUACCAUGAGGCAGAGAACAUUCUUCGAAAAGCUGCCAAGAUGAAUAAAGUUAUCCUUCCAGAUAAUGUGUUGGAAGACGAGAAAAAGUCACAAAAGAAAGAAGACACGACAGAAGAUCAGAUAAAAUAUACAAUGUUGGAUCUGUUAAAACACAGGAAUCUAAGAUGGCGUACGAUCAACAUAAGUUUCACUUGGUUUGCGAACAGUUUCGUUUAUUAUGGGUUGUCUGUCAGUGCAGGUUCGACCUCCGACAAUCCGUAUGUCAGUUUCUUCCUGUCUGGUGCAGUGGAAAUUCCAGCCUAUCUUGUCACAUGGUAUUUAUUAGAUAAAGUCGGCCGGCGAUGGAUAAUCUGCGUAUUCAUGGUGUUUGGUGGUGUGGCAUUGAUUGCAACGGCACCAUUGAGUAAUACAU